GAACUGACUUGCUAUAAUGCAUCAAUUCUUUUAACUUAUAUUAGAAAUAUAAAUUUAUAUAAUAUGUUCGAAUGUAGGAGUGGUCCAGGCCAUGCUGCGCGCAUUUGCAAAAGAGGGAGGUGCUCCGUAUAAGUGACCAUGCAUUACACCGACUAUAACCUCAAUUUCUAGCCAUGUAUACAGAUUAUGAAGAAUACAUGUGAGGGGUUAAAAUCGUACUAUCUGCUAUCGAAGUACAACAAAGAACGCAAAAAAGCGAUGUGCUCAGCGGAACGAAUACUUCCCAAAUUUAACCAGCCGCCUCUUGUCGUAUCAUCAAAGCUAAUAGCCGCGACACUGGCUACAAAGUAGGCUAAUAAGGGUUGAAAGUAGAGAACGCUAGUAUCAGUAGCCCCUUUAUCUAAAAGCGCAUAAGGCCCAAUGCACGGCUACUCGUUAAGGGUAGAUAGAUAAUAAGCUUCACCAACAACAUGAGGACCUUCGGAAUUAUAGCAGUGAUCCUUUUCGGGUAUAUCGAACUAGUUCGACAGGCCGUUGCUUACGAUGCAGGUUUCAUAAGAAGUGUGCCGUCCGAGGGGGAGCUGAAUGGUUCGAAUUUUACGUAUCCAUUUCCCCUGAAGACGUAUAGGUUCACAUCGCAACACCAAAAGCUCGAAAUGGCAUUCAUGGAUAUUAUGCCCACCGUUGAACCGAACGGGAAGGUUGCCGUCUGUCUACACGGAAAGAAUUUCUGCGCACCGACUUGGGAAGCGACCGCUAGACAGCUUGCCCAGACGGGCUAUAGGGUUAUCCUGCCGGAUCAAGUCGGCUUCUGCAAGUCCUCGAAACCGAAGUCUUAUCAAUACACGCUACAGCAGCUUUCAUAUAACACUAGGGACCUACUACAUGCGUUGGAAAUUGAGAAUGUGACCGUGAUUGGCCACUCUCUAGGAGGCAUGACAUCCGUGCGCUUCGGUCUGAUGUUCCCUGAAAUGGUUGAGAAUAUUGUUAUGGUAAAUCCUCUUGGGUUGGAAGACUGGAAGGCCCUCGGCGUGCCUUAUAAGACCAUUGAUGAGCUGUACUUCUUUGAGUCUUCAAACAACUACACAUCUAUCCGGGAGUAUGAGCAAGCAACGUAUUACGUUGGGCAUUGGAACGACUCAUACGAUGUGUGGGUGAAAAUGCUAGUCAAUAUCUACAAGGGAAGAGAGGCGACUACGUUCGCUUUUGACCAAGCACUUGUCACGGACAUGGCCUUGAGCGCACCUGUGAUAUAUGAGUUUGGCUUGCUCAAGCCGCGGACACUUUUGGUUAUAGGCGGCAAAGAUAACACGGCAUUGGGCAAGCAAUGGAGCCCACCCGAAGUGCAGGCUAAAAUAGGUCACUACGAUGUGCUGGGGAAACAAGCCGCUGCCGCCAUACCAAACGCAGAUCUGAUAGAGUUUGCCAACUUGGGACACGCGCCUCAGAUCCAAGAACCAGGCAGGUUUCACGAGGCGUUGCUGGGAUGGUUGGCGGGAUGAGACUUUGAGAAGCCUUCGAAGAAUUAUAUAUAGAACUAUAAGUUAGGUACAUACGAACACCUGGGUCGACGUGAGAGCCGCCUACCCGAUAUAUAUACACCGUGCCUCGGUCUUAGAGAUAAGAAACCAUCGCUUCAAAGAGUUUGGGUUAUAUGACUUUCCACCUGCUGCGUUCAAAACACGUACUAGGUAUCUCACUUAACACGGUGACAUGCAAGCGCUGGAAUGGAGAAUGGUUAGAAAUGCGCGUGGUGGUAUGCACCACAUAACACACCUAUCAGGGGUAGAAACUAAGAUAGAGGUACCGAAUAGGUUCAAAGAAUAUAUGAAACGGCUCAAGCGUUAUUGAUUCGAACCAUUACAAAGAC